AUGGGCAUCGUGGAGCUAUGGACCCUCUAUGCACUCGCUGUCUCUUUCACAUUUCUGCGAACAUACGCCAGGAUUACCGCCGUGGGCCUCAGCGAGCUACAAGUGGAUGACUACCUAGUAUGGAUUGCUAUCCUAAUCUACACCGCCCAAUGCAGCCUCGGGUACAGCCUGGGAGUGCACGUACAUGGUCUCGCAAAUGAUGGCAUGACGCCGAAUGAGCGUGAUGCACUGUCACAAGACGACCCCGAAUUUAACAUGAGAGUCAUCGGAUCUAAGAUCCAGGUAGCUGGCUGGACCACCGCCGCAUGCCUACUUUGGUCUCUCAAGCUAUGUGUAGCAGCCUUCUAUCUUCGUCUCACGGCUGGCCUUGGGAUGUACACGACUCGCAUUCGCAUUGCUUUUGCUUCCAUUAUCACCACUUUUGUGAUUAUCAUAUUCACCAUAUACUUCUCCUGUCGACCGUUCUGGCACUACUGGCAGAUUAGUCCCGAUCCCGGAAACUCGUGUCAAGCAGCGGUAUCGAAGCCUCUCAUCUGGGUCACAUUUGUUUUCAACGUGUCCACCGACGUGUAUCUGCUACUGAUACCGAUUCCUAUGUUAUGGAAGUCGAGAUUGAGAACAUACAAGAAGAGUGCCGCUAUGCUCGUACUUGGCUCUGGCAUGCUUGUUAUUGUGUGUGCGAUACUAAAGAGCAUCUAUCUCAUCGCGGACCCUUUGAACAGUGCCGAGCUUACCGCCUCGUGGGGUACUCGCGAGACCUUCAUCGCCAUAUCCACCACCAAUCUGCCCAUGAUCUUCCCAUUGCUCAAGAACUGGCUCACGCCUUUUCUACCCAGUACAAUCGGCUCCAGCAACACAAAAGCGCAAGAACCUCCAGGUAGUGACUUCGAAACAAUUGGAGGCGGAUCCGGUCCCGGUGGAGUUAGGGCAAAUCGAAGGGCGCCGCACCGGACGCGUCAUCCUUUUGGGGGUCUAACGCUUGACAACGAGAGCGAAGAAGAUAUGAUCAAAGGAGAUGACGUGGCCAUGCACCGCAUGCAGGCUGACUUUAACAAAUCAAAUGGAAAACAUGUGAUCGUUGUGUCAAGCGAGGUCAGCGCAACAUCUGAGAAUGGUUGCGGUGCUUAGAGCAAAGCAUCUUUCGAGAUCAUGUAGUGAUUUAUCUUCAUGCUCCAGUACCGAC